CAGCCGAGGCGCGAGGCGCGACCGUGUGCGCCGCAGCGUCGCGUUCACGCUUCUGCGAGAGGAAUCAGUAUUAUUUGUUUGAUUAUUUCAGAGUGACAAAGGCGAAUCGCUCGGUGUCGGGUCGCUGUCCGCCGUCUGUGGACCGAUGUGGAUGUGACUGUAGAAUGGGCGAAUUCCGCUGGAUUUGACUGUAACUGUGGAAAUGGAUCCCACAUUCUCACAGGGAGACAAAGAUGAGGUCCAUGUGGAGGAUGUGGGGCCCCUGCGCGUGAGGAUGCGCGAGCGUCUGCUGUGGGACGAGCCGCUGCAGAUCUCCUGGCCGAUGGAGGCCGAGCCGUUCACCUCCUCGCUCCAGACGGGGGGUCCCGUGGCGGGCGCCGGCAUGACCCUGGAGCAGAAGACCACCUUUGCCUUCGUCAUCUUCCUCUUUGUCUUCCUCUGCAUGCUGAUCGUGCGCUGCUUCCGCAUCCUGCUGGACCCGUACCGCAGCAUGCCCACCUCCACGUGGGCCGACGGUCUGGACGGCCUCGAGAAGGGCCAGUUUGAUUACACGCUGGCGUAGAGGCACAGUGUCGCACAUCCUCACCUCAUACACAAACACAUGACACUGUGUAGAAAUACAUCAAGAAUACAGUAACUCUGCAUACGAGCAGCUCCACCGCAAGCUUGCGAAGCUGACUAACACACACACACACACACACACACACACACACACACACACUGCGCUCACUGCCAUCCACAUCACGACAUGUUGUUUGAGAAAACGAGUGUGCAGUGCUCUAUUUCCAGGCCGAAGGGAUCUUGAGCUCUUAUUAGCGCUGAGACACAGGGUAGCCCUCUUUUAUAUCCUCCCAAAAAUACAGCCCUCGUUUCCUCAUGUAUCUGUGCUGUCGUUAACUGCCAAGUACAAAUCUCUAGAAGAGAAGCUCUUUCUAAGACCGUUUAUAAGCACUUCAUAAACACUUAAGACGCUUUUGUCGAAAUAGCCUUAAAAAACAAAACAAAACAUGCACUGUAAUCGGCCACUGUCAAAGUUUACAUGAUUCAUUACUGGCAAUUACUGCAGUGCUUCCGGUCACAUCCUGGGCCUUCGUAGAAACCUCUAGCUGAUGUGAAUAGGGUUAGGACAGGCUCUUAGAUGAGCUGCUGAUUCAUUGUGUGCGCAAUAUGUGGGUCGCUUCACAGGUUCUGUUCAUCUGACAGCUCAUUCGCGGUAGGAGCCGCAGGAUUCAUCAGCCUUAGCACAAUAAAUACUCCGAUCUUAGAUCGCGUCUCUACCUGUAUAUUCAUAGGCUGUAGUUUCGUAAGCCUUAACCCGCGAAGCUGCCGUCAGGAGAAGCGUCGCGAUGUGAAGUUGCACGACCCGUUUGAGCCUUCGAGUCGAACCCUAAUCGUGAAAACCCACAUCGUGAGAGCUGAUCGUCACAUACCGAUAAUGACGCGAACGCUCUUCUCUUCUGUCCCGUCGAUCGUGAUGAUUUUUGUUGCACUACUUCAUCGUACCUGCUGUCACUGUGAAAGAGCCGACGAGCUGUAGAGCACUUCGCGAAGGACGCGUGAUAUCGCACGUGUCACAACAAAGAUUUAACGGUCGCUCGAAUGCUGACAGACUGAAGACGCUGGGAUCGCAGUGAAAAGGUGGUUUUCAUUGCUCCUCAUGAAGCUGCUGCUCUUUAGAUGAUACAAAGCACUAAACAGCUCUGUCUGUGAGUUUCUGUACAGUACGUGGAGCCUCAAAUCAAUGACCGUUCAUAUUUAGACCUUCAUACUGUUUAGAAAUAAAUGUCUGUGCUGUGAAACUGAGAAUUAAUAAAACUAGGAACGCAGGAUGAUUCUGAAUUACGAUGCUUUGUUUGAAUAGUGUCACAACCUCAUUUAUGUUUCAAAGAGAUAAUUAAUAAAACAUUUCCAAAGCA